AUGACCGACGUCUCAAGGAAGGGCUCAUUGAGCUUCCUCAACCCCUUUAAAACGAGAUCCGGAAGCCGUUCAAGCUCGAGAGCGUCGUCCGUAGUUGACUUCAAGAUUGGUGAUGACGCAAGGAAAUCCUCAAUCUCAACCGCCACUAUCAAAGAAACAAACUCCUCUGGUCGUACCUCUAGAGCAGGUUCUGCCAAGAACAGCCUCGAGUACACUCGGUCGUCUCGUCAGGGUUCCACCCUAGCCACCACAGGAGAAGAUGGAUGGGACAGAGAUGCCCAGACCGGCGAGCGAAAAGAUCAUACUGAUCUGUUACACAGUCUUGUCGAUGAGAGUACAGCAGAAUCUCUAGCUGACAAGGCUCAAGCCAUGUUCAUCGGGAUUCCGGCUAAGCCCGCUGCGGAUCUGUUCUCCAGGUUUCCCGAAGGUGUCUGGAGGCGGAUUGUGGAAUUCUUGGGUCCAGCAGAUAAAGCCAGUCUCGCGUUCUCCUGCAAACCAUUUCGGACUCUGCUAGGCACUAGGUCUUGGACCGACUUGAAUAGCCCACAAAACCGAGACGCCAAAUUCGAUUUUCUUGGCCGGUUAGAUGAACAGCUUCCUAACCAUCUGCUUUGUUUUCAAUGCGGAAUAUACCACGUCAGGACACAGAAGGGCCAGGAAGUCCUGCGUCCCACCAAUGUCUCGAACCCCAUCUUCAACUGCCCUAAUGUCUUCAACCUCGAGAACAAAGUGGCACGACACCGAAUCACUGUCGGACGCGCUCUCCCAUUCCCAUUUGUCCAACUCAUUCUGCGAGGUCAGAAGUACUCGCCGGAGCACGGGAUCCCCAUCGACUCAAUGUCACGACGGUACAAGGAUCGAGAUGGAGAGUGGACUCACCAAACACGCUACGUGGUCGUCAAUGGCCAUCUGCUGAUGCGGGUCAUCAGCUCGGCGUUCGCAACCCCGGCGCUACCUCCAGCAGGGCUACGCAGAUUACUCUACUCACCCAGCGACAAUUUCAAUCCAUACUUUUCUGUCUGCGCGCAUUGGAGGGACGGCAAUCUCAUGCCUGCUGUCAAAUGCGCUCUAAGUCACAUUCCGAAACCGCCAGAGGGUAGUGGCAUCGCAGGCACCAGUGCGAAGGUCCAGUAUCAUUUUCACAGACCUCAUCCCAUAAUUACCUUGUGCUCCGAAUGCAGACCCAUGCGACGGUGUCCGGAGUGCCCGACCGAGUAUCUCAUUGAGAUGAGAGUGCAAGAGGACCGAAGCGACCCCGACCCAAGGAAGUUGUUCAAGCACGCUGUCGUCGUCACACGAUGGAGCGACCUUGGCGACGGGUCCUCUCCUAAGAGCCUGGAAUGGGCUGCUUGCAAUGGAGAAGCAGAAUACGAUUCCUUCACGGCUCUCGGAAAGCGUGCGAUCUCUGGGACAUUCGAGUCGCAGUUCACGGUCGACCAGAUCCCGGGACAAAAGAUGGUCUCGAUGAAUCCGAAUAAGAUCAAGCUUGGGGAAAAGGGGCACGAUUGGUAUUGA